GUUUCAGAAUACAUUCCAGGCGGUGAAUUAUUGGAAUUACUCGAUGCGUAUGGAAAAUUACCCGAGGAGCUAGUUAAAAUAUUUGUUGCCGAAAUUGCUAUCGCUGUUGAUUUCCUUCAUAACGCCGGAGUUAUUUUUCGAGAUUUAAAGCCAGAGAAUAUUCUUUUGGACUCCGAUUACCAUAUACAACUGAUUGAUUUUGGACUGUCCAAGUGGCUAUCUGUGGGUUCACGAACUAAUACUCUUUGUGGAACACUGAAAUAUAUGGUGUGGAGCUCGAUCCGUUGCGUAUUGUAAAAAUGGCAAUGUCCAACGCGCAGUCUGUUUGCGUUUAUCCAGUUGGUUACUUCGGCCGCUCGUAACCGAGAGAACGUUUCGUGAUUAUGUCGAUAGUGAGCGAAGGUAGAGCGGCGGCACACUGACGCCGGCAACAUGAACGCGAGAACCAUAGCGUUCGAGCUGUCGAUGGAGGGGCGGCAGGUGGACGAGGUGGUCGCCAGCAUCUUCCACACGGUGCUGUUCCACCGCUCCAGCGGCAAGUUCACCUACAACAACGAGGAGAGCUACUCCAUCCGCACCGUGAGCUACAUCGACGUGGACUGCGACUUCAUCGACUUCACGUACGUGUGCUGCGAGUCCGACGCGCUGGGCCGCAACGUCAAGCGCGAGAUAUCCGACUUCUCGGAGCUGCUGCGCGCCGUGGACGGCAGCUCGGCGCCGCCGCGCGGCUCCAUCAGCCUGGAGUUCUUCCAGAAGCGCCGCGCCCGCUGGCCCUUCCAGCCCGAGUGCGUCCCGUGGGAGGUGUGGACGGUCUACUGCGAGCUCACCGAGGCGCGCAACGAACACGACAUGCACAGCAAGCACGAGAACGUGGUCGAGAUGCUGCAGGACAAGAUCGUGUUCAUCACCGAGAUCAUCAACCGGCACGAGUACGUGCCCAAGAUGCCGAGCCGCUCCGACGCCGACCUCAUCUUCGACACGUCGUACGCGGACAUCCAGCCCUACCUGUUCAAGAUCCACUACAACCUGUCGGGCGCGCAGCCGACGACGGUGGGCAACACCGUGCGCAAGCUCAUACGCGAAACGCUCUCCUUGUGAUUAAUAUUGUGUUCAUACAAUUCAAUAUGUCCAUCGAAAUGAACAUUUGACUCUUUACUAGUGAUAUUACAAUUUUCAAAUGAGCUAUUGUCGCGUAUUUGUAUUAUUUUGGCGUUGACGUCAGUAUGAAAUUAAAUACUUCGUGAAUGCAAAUUUUUAUUUAUCAGAAUUUUUAUUUUUAUGGACAUUUGUGUAAAUACAAUUUGAAUUUUUUACGUUAUUCAGGAGAACGGAACUUGACGUAUCUAUAUAAGUAUGGAUGUACAGGUGGAUUUUUGAGAUGGGGCAGUAAAGACAGCUACCUUAACGACUGUAGCUACAAGAAAAUUUCUGAGGACACUGUCCAUAAUUUUUAAAGAUGAAAGAAAAUUUUAAUAUACUCAAUAAUUUUUUUGUGCAUUUUUGAGGUAAUUUCUAUUGAUAUUAGUGGAUUAAUUAUUGACGCUGAAUACAAAGUUUUGUCACGUUUAAAAACGAAUUGGAGUCGCAUUUCUUAAAAAAAUAUAUUUUUUUUUUGUAUUUUCUGACCAUAAAAGUACUCAAACCUCUAAUGGUCCCCUAGAGUCUUUAAAUUCUUAUAAGCAACAUCGAUUGCCAUCAAAAAACGUUUUUGCACAAAUUGCCUAUUUUCUUGUUGACAGUAAUUUUAUUUUCGAAGCCUGUGAAUGCACAUCUUCAUGUCUUUAAAAAUGAAGGACAGUCUCCUAAGCAAGUUUUCUUGUAGCUAGGGCGGCUAAGGUAGCUGUCCUUGCUGGCUAUCUCUAAUAUACACCCUGUAUUUCUCAACAUUUUAACUAUUAAUCUUAGCGAAGUUUUGUUUAUGGCACAAAAUGUAAUUUCAUUUAUUUUUAACGCAAUGUCUUAACUAACACAGUGUGCUGUGGUGUUUUUUUAUAAUUAAAGCGGUUGCGGCGUUAGUUAUUAGUGAUGAGUUUAAUUUUGGAUUAACAAUUCGGUCUGUUGUAGUUUUAGUUGUACUUUUAGUUAUAAUUUCGGAGCUACGACUCGGAAGGCUGGUUGACGUGUCCAUUUAUUUGUACUGAUUAAUUUAAAGUGUUUGAGCAUAGAAAAGCUUUUGUUCGCUUAACGUUUGUCGCACUUAGAACUUUGUAACAUAACUAAUAGAGUUAGAUAUUGUUUGCCACGUGCGGCGCGGUGGUCUGUUGUAUUUAUGAUACUUGAUAAAGAUGAUUUUGUCACCUUGUAAUUUUUGUUGGUAAAAGGAGACACAAAAUGUUAAUUAUAUGGAAUAUAAUGAACAAUAAACGGAUAUUAGUAUGGCAACUGUGUGUCGCGUUAUAUUGAUCUCAACGAUCUGGUUAUAAUAUGUAGGGACGGACAGCGGGAUACCGUUGCUAUAGUGAUAUAUGUAUAUUGUUGAUAUGUCGUGAAACAAUAAUUAUAGUUGUAAUAUUAUUACGUGUAAUUUCAAGGGAAAUCUAGAGUCUCUUAGCACUCAUUGUAAGGUCAUUUGACUAUUUUUAUGUGUUUUUAUAUUAAAAGUAUAGACACCUUGUGAUUAGGUAAUAUAAUUUUCACAAAAUAAAUGUGUAUAAAUCUUUAUGUCUGUAUAGCGUAGUAUAGGUCUGAAUUGGACUCGUCUUAACAAUAUUAGGGUUAACUUGGUAAAUAUAAUGUAAUUUUAUUGCGUUGUAUUAUAAAUAUUGUACAUAACAAUUGAUUUAAUGAUUCGGACGACGCUAGCGGUUGAGUCGUUGAAAGCUUUAUCAAAUUAAUAUAAUUUUAAACGUUGUAGGUUAGCUUACGGAGGUUUUACGUGAUGUAAGGGCUUGGGUGAACGGAAUGGUUCAUAGGUUAAGUUACGAUGACGAAACAAAAUGAUAUUUACGAUUCAAUAAAUACUUUAUGCGAAUUCUGUAUUUUUCUAAAAUAUAUUGUUUAUAAUUGUAUGCGAAAAGCUAUUUUCAAACAUCUCAAAUUAAUUCAAGUAAUUUUAUAGUGUAGUUUUGAUGCUAGAUGUGGUUUUACGUGAAGAGUUAACGCAGUCAAGUGAGCUUAGUUUUACAGUUACGAUGUAGUGUUGGUGUUGUAGUGCUUUUAUAACCGCGGCUCAGUGGUCGCUAGUAGUUAUUUUGUAGAGUGCAGGAAACGACACCAAACACAUCGGAAUAUCCAUGACUAGCAAUUCAAUGUUAAUUUACGUACUUGCAUUACGUCGACCCCACCGCGACACGCUUCACACACUCGAUUGUUUGAUAAAAUUAACGUGUGACAAAUGCCUGCUUAUUACUUUAUCGUAAAACACCUUUUAUUAUAGAAUCUGAGUAAAUAUCUAGAAUAAGUGCCAUUUCAGACUUCUUUGAGAGUACAUGUUUGUUUACAAAUUAGUUCUCAUGUCGCUGUGAGGGUUUUUGAAUUUUGUAUGAAAUUAAAGUAAAACAAAACGCUUUUAGUUUAUAUGUUACGUCAUAUUAUUUAUACAAAUAUGUCCAUCCAUACAUUUAUACAUUGUUUACCCUACCUCAUACUGUCACUAAACUUAGUGUAUUCGCACUUUCCUAUUUCAUCAAUUGUUUAUAAAUAGUAAAUAUAUAGGGGUUAUUAAAAUUAAUCUGAACCGUAUUGGGUGUGCAUUGUGACAUAUUUUCGUUUAAAUCGCUUCUACUGAGUGUUAGACACUUGAGUAUUCGGAGAUGUCAGAUUAAUUUUGUAUAAUCUUUAAUCAGUUUUUUUCACCAAAGAUAAGUCUGUAUAUAAUCCAAUUCAAAUAUAUUCCGAUAUUGAAUCAAUAUGUACAGUCGCUAUUGAUUUAUAUCUAUUUGUGAUUUUCAUAUCAAUGAGUACCUUAAAAUGUGUAUAAUUUGAAAAUAAAAAAUCUGGUGAUGCGACAAUAUAUGCUAUUGUAUUGCCUUUACUGAGUGGCUCGUAUUGUGUAUGGAACGGAUGCGGUGUGAGCACGGUUUGUACAUGAUAUAUUAUUGCACAUAACCUAUGGCCUUAUUUCGAAAUGUCUAGAUAGAGAGUUCUUCAAGCGUGGUUUAUAACGGCUGUUACAUAUUAGAUUAUAUAAAUAAAACAUGAAGUAUAUAUGUUGUGAUUUAUAAGUUCAAAAAAAAGCUAAUAUCUUAGUCUUUGUGAUAAUCUACAUAUAUAAGUAAAUAAAAGAUGAAGUAUUA